AUGGAAAAGAAACUUCUGCUGUUUAUUCUAAGAACGCUCGCUGAAGAAUUCCUCCAUCACAGCGGAGGCAAUCGGAACAGCGGAUCGAAGAGCACAGAAGAAGACCGCUUCGUCAUUUCGUCGACAUGCACCACAACGAGUGAACACGUGCUUAUUGGUCAAAUAUGGAGCAAUUCAGUCGCUCCAGGUCAGAAGUCUGUGGAUGUUAAGCUCAAAUGGAACAUACCCAGUUUGGGCAUAAAAUGA